AUGCGCUCUUCAGCUUCACUCCUGCGACUCAGCGCCACUUUGAUCCUCUGCUGCCUCUCCAUAUGCGUCCUGGUGGCGCCUACAGCAGCCGACCUGGCCCAGGUGGACAACAAUGGUCGCCUGACCGGCCGCAGUAGCGGCGUGUGGCAAGAGGCACGCAAUGUCCACGUCAACCACCGCAACAAUCCCCAUUCUCAGACUGUGCUUCACGCUGGCAGCCGCAAGCGUUGCGCCGCCAAGGAACAUAACCACAUCGCGGCCGCGCGCAUUGUAUCCUCGCCGGACGAGCAGGCUCAACUCGCAAAGCAGGCCGAUCCCUCCUCUGCCUCCAGCCCCAAGAAAAGUCAAGGCGUCGCACAGCCUGCCGUGGCACCCUCUGGCGCAUCUGCCGCUGCUGCUGCCUCGCCUUCUCCCUCUGGGAGCGCCUCAAAGGGUGCCAUGGGCGGUGUCAGCCAGAACUGCAGUACGGCCAUUGGCCAGAUUGUUGGAACGCAAGACCUUGCUCAGUGCAUGGGCUUGGAUGAUUUGACUACCGAUGACACUCUGGCGCCCCUUCUGAGUGGAGCACGUGGAGGAGGUGGCGACAACGCGAGCUUGAUUGGGCCAAUGGGCAAGUACUUGUCGCAGACGCUCUGUAUCCGCCCGGUCUGCAAUCCCUCGACGCUCAACAGCUCCCUCGCCACCCUCACCAAAGGCUGCAGUAAGCAAGAGCUGAGCUCGACUACCAGCUCGGCGGCUCUCCUUUCUCGCUUCCUCUCCUCUUACGCCACGCAGCGUGAUAUGGCCUGUCUAGUGAACAUGACCACUCCAACCUCGGACCCCUCUGCGGUCACUCUCCCCGGGGACAACAGCCCACCCGGAACUACCACGAUUCAAGGUCACCCACUGUGCAGUCUGCAACUCUUUGCUGGUCUGCAAAACAUGACGGGCUCCAACAUGGGACUGAAUGGCUUCUUUCAGAUGCAAAGCAAUGAUCCUGCCUACUGGACGCCUGUCUUGAAGAAGCUGUCCGCUUCGAAGGACAAGAAGGUUCAGGCGAUGCAGAAGGAUCUACUCUGCUCUGACUGCCACAAGGCUAUGCUGACCCAGCUCUUCUAUCCUGCGUACAAGAAUGAGAGCAAGACCCUACCUGAUGGGAGCUCGAUUAAGAAGUCGAUGCUGCAGAUGUGCGGAGGGAAGGCCUUUGGGGAUGGGAAGAUCUCAGAUCAGGUGAAGCAAGCGGGCGUUGGGGCGGGCUUCGUGAAUCUGAACCAGGCUACCAACGGGACCGACACACUAAGCGUGAGCAGUCCCAGUCCAUCGGCAGGGAACGACACGCAGGCCAAGAGCGCGGCAGUCAAGGUAGGAGGUGAUGGUGGUCAAAUGCUGUUGAGGAUUGUGGUAGCGCUUCUGGUCGGCGGAUUGCUCAGCUUGCUACUUGUCGCCUGAGGUGAGAAGGAUCACGGAGAAGCAUGGCUGCUGGCGGCAAGCUCUCUUCGGGUCAAUAUGACCGGAACGCUUUCGAUCAAUGGACCCCUUUGUGCCUUGCUGCGAUGUUAUGAGUCCUAUCACAAGCGAAGAUCGAAGUGAUUG